UUUCCCUACUCUACUGCUCUAAACCAGAGUCCAAGGAGACACCUGAUUGUUCUCUUGAAGAGCCAUGGGUACUGCAUGGCAGAAAAGCGAAUUCAUUUUAUCUGUCUGUGUCUUCUUGCUGAGAGUCUGCAUGGCCACAGAAAUCCCCCUUUCAGUUCAACAGGUUCCAACAAUCACAAAACAGCCAAAAGAUCAAGUUGCCUUUCCUUUUGAUGAAUAUUUUCAAAUUGAAUGUGAAGCUAAAGGAAACCCCAAACCGAUAUUCACUUGGACUCGAAAUGGCAAACCUUUCAACCUCUCCUCAGAACCUCGUAUCAUUCUGUCCAAUGGCUCAGGGACUUUCAGGAUCCCCAAUGAAGGCCACAUCACACACUUCCAGGGAAGAUACCGCUGCUUUGCUUCUAACACACUGGGAGUCGCUAUGUCAGAAGAGAUACAAUUUAUUGUUCCAAAUGUUCCAAAGUUUCCCAAAGAGCAGCUGGAACCCCUGGAAGUUGAGGAGGGUGACCCAAUUGUCCUUCAGUGUAGCCCUCCUAGUGGACUUCCACCCCUCCACAUCUACUGGAUGAACAUUGAGCUGGAGCACAUUCAACAAGACGAGAGAGUCUACAUGAGUCAGCAGGGGGACCUGUACUUUGCCAACGUGGAGGAGCAAGACAGCCGCAAUGACUAUUGCUGCUUUGCUGCUUUCCCCAGGCUCAGGACCAUCGUGCAGAAAAUGCCCAUGAAGCUCACGGUCAACAGCUUAAAGCAUGCUAAUGAGUCCAGUUCUUCCACAGAAGUGGGUUCCUGGGCCAACUCCAUCAAGCAGAGAGGACCCAGGCUGCUGCUGCCCCCUGCCCCGAGUGGCAGCAUGUCCUUUCUCACUGUCCUUAAAGGGGAUCCCCUGGUGCUGGAGUGCUUCGCUGAAGGCCUGCCAACCCCAAAAGUGGAAUGGAGUAAAAUGGGAGGUGAUUUACCAAAGGGACGAGAAAUGAAAGAAAAUUAUGGCAAGACAUUGAAAAUCGAGGACAUCUCUUUCCGAGACAAAGGGACUUACCGAUGCACAGCCAACAAUGCCUUGGGUUCUGCUACACAUGACUUUCAUGUCACUGUGGAAGAGCCCCCCCGCUGGACCAAGAAGCCACAGAGCGGCGUAUACAGCAGGGGCAGCAGCGGAAUCUUGCUGUGUGAGGCCGAGGGCGAGCCGAAGCCCACCAUCACCUGGAAAGUGAAUGGGGCCCCAAUAGAAAAAAAUCCAUUUCCCAGCGAUGUCGUCUCCUCUGGAGAGAUCAGCUUCACUGACCUGCAGCCCAACCACACAGCUGUGUAUCAGUGUGAGGCCACCAAUGAACAUGGCACACUCCUGGCCAGUGCCAACAUCGACGUCCUGGAUGUCCUCCCGCUGAUCGAGACUGAGGAUGGUGAGAUUUACCUUGCGGUGCUGGGGUCCAGUGUGCUCCUGCACUGCCAGUUUUUUGCUUCACCUGCAGCCAUUGUGACUUGGCAGACUGCAGAGGAGGCAGCACCACUGGUGGGCUCAAGGUACCAAGUAUAUGACAAUGGCAGCCUGCUCAUCCGAGAUGUGCGGGAAGAUGAUGCGGGUGCCUACUCCUGCUGGGUGGAGAAUGCACAGGGCAAGACAGCCAUCACGGCCAGCGUGGAUGUCAGGAAUGCUACGAAGCUGAGGGUGUCACCACUGAACCCACGAGUACCCCGGACACAUGUCCUUACCCUGCUCUGUGCCAGUCAGUGUGAUGCCCACCUGAGGGACUCGCUGCAACUGUCCUGGACCAGAGAUGGGGAGGCCCUUGGUGACAAUGGCACAGAUGAUGGCAGGGUGCUCAUUGACGGGGCCAACCUGACCAUCACCAAUGUGACUCUGGAGGAUGAGGGUACCUACUCGUGCUGGGCUCACACUGCACUGGACAGCGCCUCAGAUGCCACCCGGGUCACAGUCCUCGAUGUGCCCGACCCCCCUGGACAUCUGCACUUGUCUGAGCGACAGAACAGGAGUGUCCGGCUGAGCUGGAAGGCAGGGGACGCCCACAAUAGCCCCAUCUCAGAGUAUAUUGUAGAAUUUGAAGGGAACCGAGAAGAGCCAGGCCGCUGGGUGGAGCUGACCCGGGUCCCAGGUGGGGACACUGAGGCACUGCUGUCCUUGGCUCCCUACGUGAAGUACCAGUUCAGGGUGAUAGCCCUGAAUGCAGUGGGUAGUAGUCGCCCAAGCCGGCCAUCGGAACAUCACCAGACACCGCCCGCAGCUCCUGACAAGAAUCCACAGAACAUCUAUGUGCAGGCAUCUCAGCCUAAAGAGCUGAUCAUCAGAUGGGAGCCUCUGAAGCCCUUGGAGCAGAAUGGUCCAGGACUGGAGUACAGAGUGGCCUGGAGGCCUCAGGGCGCCCCUGUGGAGUGGGAAGAGGAGACAGUCACCAACCACUCCCUACGUGUGAUGACCUCAGCCGUCUAUGCCCCAUAUGAGGUCCAGGUUCAGGCUAUCAAUCAGCUUGGUGCUGGUCCAGAGCCACAAGCCGUGACGCUCUACUCAGGAGAAGAUUAUCCUGAUGCAGCUCCAGUGAUCCACAGAGUAGACGUGGUCAACAGCACAUUGGCAAGAGUGGCUUGGUCAUCCAUCCCUAAAGAACAUGUGCAUGGACAGCUGAAAGGGUACCAGGUGAACUGGUGGAAAACCAAGAAUCUACUAGAUGGGAGUGUCCCCCCUCGAACAGUGAGUGUACUAAAGUUUGAGGGGCCACGGACACAUGGCAUGGUGCCUGCCUUGGAGGCCUUCAGCGAGUUCCACCUGACAGUCUUAGCCUAUAACUCCAAGGGAUCAGGCCCUGAGAGUGAACCCUAUGUGUUCCAUACCCCAGAAGGAGUACCUGAGAAGCCAGCCUUUCUUAAGGUCCUCAAGGUGGACAAAGACACAGUUUCACUCUCCUGGGGGCUCCCAAAGAAGCUGAAUGGGAACCUCACUAGAUAUUUGCUGCAGUAUCAGAUAAUUAAUGGUACUUCUGAUGUUGGAGAGCUUCGGGAAGUCAACAUCACAGUGCUGCCUAUACUCCACUGGCGUCUCUCUGACCUCUAUGCCGCCACCAAGUACAAGUUCUACCUGAGGGCAUGCACAGCCAAAGGCUGUGGGAACCCCACCAUGGAAGAGAGUGCUACAUUGUCAGAGGGGGGUAAAAGUAUCGGGAAGAGCUCAGAAGGCAUAAAUAUUACUCAAAAGAGUCAUCUAGGAGAGGCUUUUGAGCCUGGAGCUGAACACAUAGUUCGCCUGUUGACUAAGAACUGGGUUGAUAACAAUAGCAUUUUUGAAGAUGUAAUUGAGUCCAGAGGGAGAGAGUAUGCUGGCCUGUAUGAAGACAUCUCGACGCAGGGCUGGUUCAUUGGGCUGAUGUGUGCUGUAGCCUUGCUCACACUUACCCUCCUCACCGUGUGCUUCGUGAAGAGGAACCGGGGUGGGAAAUAUUCAGUGAAGGAGAAGGAGGACCUGCACCCAGACCCAGAGGCACAGUCAGCCAAGGAUGAGACCUUUGGGGAAUAUAGUGACAGUGAUGAGAAGCCCCUGAAGGGAAGCACACGCUCACUAUCUGCAGCCCUGCAUGCAGCCGAGAGCUCUGACAGCCUGGCCGAGUAUGGCGAAGGUGCACAGGGCUUAUUCCAGGAGGAUGGCUCCUUCAUAGGCGCCUACACUGGUGCCAAGGACAAGGGCUCGGUGGACAGCACAGCCAGUUCUUCAGCCACCUUCCCCCUUCGAGCCUGAGUUUGCUCAUUAGCCUCUGUUCCAGGCAAGAAUAUGAUAGAAAGGAUGACAGCUGCUCUUCAUGAAGACUCAGCAGACUGGGCUGGUGCUGAUCUGCUGACCAGGUCAGAGCCUGGCCUGUUACCUGCCUGAGUGUCCUCUCCCUAGUCAGGGCUUCUGUGCCCCCAACCCAGUUGGGCACAGGGUCCCCUGAGUUGGAUCUGGGAGAGGAGGUGGAGUGAAGAAUCAACCUGACAUCAGGAAGAAGGAAUGUGUCUUUUUCACAGAAGACACGCCCAUGGGGACAUUCUUGCAGAGCUUGGUGGUGGCCAUUGUGGUGCCAAUUCACCUGUAUUUAUCAAGCUCCAGAUGGUUCAACAGGGAUAUUUUCUGACCUUAGAGUGACACUCCUUUUGGUCUCAGCUCACACUUUUAUAACUCUAUCACUUAGAACAUUUAUAGAUAUCGCUGGGUUCUUGGUCUUUACUGUGCGGGGAGGUAGCAAAGAAGGGGUGGCCUGGUGAGUGCCUGGGCCCUGCUGUCUCCUGGGUGCCCCAGUAUCUCACUGACCUUCCCUGUACUUGUAUAUCUACUCUUGUGUGUCCAUGAGUGUUGUACAGAUCCUAUUCUAGUGUAUUGUCGAAGAUACAGAUAUGUUUGACUUUGCAGCAGAGUGUUGACAGGAAUGCUGUACAGUAGCCUCAAGCUGCUCCUUUACUCCAGUAUGCACAGUCCCACAGGCCCAAGUCUUUGUAAAAAAUAUUUGGAUCUUGUUCUUGCAAUGCUCCCUGCUGCCUCUAAAUAAAGGCCCU